GUUGGAGCUCCCCGGGAAAAGGCCUUUCCAGCCCAACAAGCCAACAGAACGGGAGGGUUGUACAGCUGUGACAUCACAUCUCCGAAUGCACGUUGCACACGUGUUGUAUUUGAUGAGGAGACUGACCCGAAGAUGGAGAGUAAAGAAGACCAGUGGAUGGGUGUAACUGUCCAAAGUCAGGGGCCUGGAGGAAAUGUAGUGACAUGUGCACAUCGCUAUGAGAAAAGGCAGUAUGUAAACACAGUGCAGGAAACCCGGGAUAUCAUUGGAAGGUGCUAUGUGCUGAGCCAGGAUCUCACUAUUAAGGAUGAUAUGGAUAAUGGAGUAUGGAGUUUUUGUGAUGGUCGUUUAAGAGGCCACGAGAAGUUUGGUUCCUGUCAGCAAGGUGUUGCUGCUACUUUUACUAGAGACUAUCAUUAUAUUGUGUUUGGUGCCCCAGGCACUUACAAUUGGAAAGGGGUGGUUCGUGCAGAGCAAAAGAAUCAGACAUUUUAUGAUCUGGGUAUCUUUGAUGAUGGGCCUUACGAAGUUGGUGAUGAGAGCCGCCAAGAUAAGAAUCUAGUUCCUGUUCCAGCUAACAGUUACUUAGGUUUCUCUUUGGACUCUGGUAAAGGAAUUGUCUCCCAAGAUGAGAUGACUUUUGUGUCUGGUGCCCCAAGAGCCAACCACAGCGGAGCAGUUGUUCUGUUGAAAAAAGAGAAAAAUCAGAGAGCGCUGUCACUCGAGCACAUGUUUGAAGGAGAAGGGCUGGCUUCUUCCUUUGGCUAUGAUGUUGCUGUUGUGGAUCUCAACAAUGAUGGGUGGCAAGACAUUGUUGUUGGAGCCCCGCAGUAUUUUGACAGAAGUGGAGACAUCGGUGGUGCUGUCUAUGUCUACAUUAACCAGCAAGGCAAAUGGGACAGAGUAAAGCCCAUUCGCUUAAAUGGAACCACCGACUCCAUGUUUGGUCUUGCAGUUGAAAAUGUUGGGGAUGUUAAUCAGGACGGAUAUCCAGAUAUUGCAAUAGGGGCUCCCUAUGAUGGUUUUGGCAAAGUAUACAUUUAUCAUGGAUCCAAGAACGGAAUAAACACAAAACCAGCACAGAUUCUUGAUGGUGAAAAAACAGGCACCAAUUUUUUUGGUUACUCAAUUGCUGGAAACAUGGACCUGGACAAAAACUCCUACCCUGAUAUUGCUGUUGGUUCCCUUUCAGAUUCUGUUUCUGUGUUCAGAUCUCGGCCUGUGAUAAGCAUUAAAAAAAGCAUUACGGUACAGCCUGACCGAAUUGAUCUGAAGAAAAAGAACCCUGAGGACCCCAGUGAAAUAUGGAUGGAUGUGAAAGCCUGUUUUCAAUAUACUGCAAACCCCAGCAAUUUAAAUCCACGAAUAAAGAUCAAGUACACGUUUGAAGCAGAAAACGAGAGGAGGCAGUUAGGCCUGCCGUCCAGGGUGCGGUUUAAAGACCAUCUGUCUGAUCAGUUCACUGCAAACACAACCCUAAGGGGGCAGAACUCAAGAGAGUGUGUGACAACCAAGCUUGUACUGCAGGAAAAAAUCAAAGAUAAGCUACGACCCAUUCCAGUGUCAGUCACUGUUAAAAUUGCUGGCCUGGAGUCAAGCUCACCGUCCACAAGAAAAGACAGAGCACUUCCAGAUCUGCUACCAAUUCUAAAUUCAAAUGAAUCUGAAACAAAGACCACAAAAGUGGAGUUCUUAAAAGAAGGAUGUGGAGAAGACAAUGAAUGUCACAGCAAUCUGAAACUUCAGUACCGGUUUUGCUCUAGAGAAGGAAAUGAAGACAGGUUUACUUACCUACCGAUAGAAAAUGGUGUGCCGGUGCUUGUUCUGAAAGAUCAGAAAGAUAUUGCCCUGGAGAUAACAGUGACAAACAAUCCAUCUGAUGCAAAAAAUCCACAGAAAGAUGGUGAGGAUGCAUAUGAAGCUAAACUAAUUGCAACUUUUCCAGACAGUCUGACGUAUUCUGCAUUCAGGGAGAUGAGGGGUUAUCCUGAAAAACAGCUAACAUGUGGUGCUAACCAAAAUGGCUCUCAAGCAGAGUGUGAACUUGGAAAUCCUUUUAAAAGAAACUCAAAUGUAACCUUUUAUCUGAUCUUAAGUACCACUAAAGUUAAUGUUGACACAACAGACCUGGACAUCAAUCUGAAGUUGGAAACAACAAGCACUCAAGUGAAUUCGACACCAAUUACAGCUAGUGCUAAAGUGGUUCUUGAAUUGCUUUUAUCACUCACUGGAGUUGCUAAACCUUCUCAGGUGUAUUUUGGAGGCAACAUCAUUGGUGAGAGUGCUGUGAAAUCUGAAGAUAAUAUUGGAAACCUCAUAGAGUAUGAAUUCAGAGUAACUAACUUGGGCAGACCACUGAAAACCUUUGGUACCGCUUCCCUGGACAUCCAGUGGCCGAAAGAAAUUAGUAAUGGCAAGUGGCUGCUUUAUUUGAUGAAAAUAGAUUCCAAAGGAUUGGAAAAAGUUUCCUGUCAACCCGAAAACGAAAUCAAUAGUCUGCGUGUUGCGGAAUCCCAUAACUCAAGAAGGAAACGUGAGGUUGCAGAGAAGCAGAUUACAGACAGCAAGACACUUUCUUUAUUCUCAGAAAGAAAAUACAAGACCUUGGACUGCAAUGUGAAUGCACGCUGUGUGGACAUAAAAUGUCCCCUGAAGGGUUUAGACAGCAAGGCAUCUAUCGUGCUACGUUCCAGACUGUGGAACAGUACUUUCUUAGAAGAAUACUCCAAAAUGAAUUACCUGGACAUUCUUGUUAGGGCUUCUAUCAGUGUUCCUGCUGCAGCCAAGAAUGUUAAGCUUACAAAUGAAGUUGCUCAGGUGCGUGUUACUGUCUUUCCUGCAAAACCAGUAGCCCUUUAUACAGGAGUACCUUGGUGGAUCAUUGCAGUGGCUAUUUUUGCUGGCAUAUUGAUGCUUGCACUGUUGGUAUUCUUACUAUGGAAGUGUGGUUUCUUCAAGAGAAAUAAGAAAGAUCAUUACGAUGCCACAUAUCACAAGGCUGAGAUCCAUGCUCAGCCAUCUGAUAAAGAGAGGCUUACUUCUGAUGCAUAGUAUUGAUCUACUUCUGUAAUUGUGCGGGUUCUUCCAGCGUUCCAGGUACGAAGACAGUGUCCCCCGGUAUCAUGCUGUAAGAAUUCGAAAAGAAGAGCGACACAUCAAAGAUGGGAAGUACAAAGAGCUCGAGACAAAACAGUGGUUCACAAAAUGGAAUGAAAACGAAAGCUAUUCUUAGGGAAAAAUCCUUCUCAUCACAAAGUUCAGACAGAAGUUAAGGUUUUAUUAAUGGAAUAUUGAUGGAGUUAGACCGAUGAACACUACAGACACUCACCUUUUGAUUGUAGAUAUUACUACUUAUAUUGAGGCUUUUGUUUGCACACUUAACAUUGCUUCAAAAGACUUUAUUUGCAUUAUUUUAUUUCCAGACUGCCUCUUUCCCCC